AUCGACACGAUCAGCAGACAUGAUUGACAAUCAGCUGAUUGCAGCUUGUGGUUAACGAACUGUCACUGUCAGGCAGAAAAACUGAGUUUUUCGACCGAAAAUCUAAUUGAGAGCGCACUAAAUUUGAUUUAGUCUCGUUCUUCGCCUCAUGCAUGCAGAGCAUUUUAAUUAUUGAAGCAAUAAUUAUUCAAUAAAGUGCUUUUAUUGUGAAAUAUAUUGAUACAAAUUCAAGAGCUGUUUUCUUUCACAGAAGAUGAGCAAUCCAGAUUCUUCCAAUGCCUUUGUUGUACUUCCACCUUUAUCCGAUCACGGAGUCAUAUUUGGCAAAAAUUCGGAUCGACCACAAGGCGAGGUUCAGGAGAUUGUCUAUUUUCCAAGUGACGAAUCUGCCCACACGAGAAAAUGCACAUAUGUGGAAGUGGAACUGAGUGGUCCAAGCAAGGCUGUAAUUUUAAGUAAACCAUAUUGGAUGUGGGGUGCCGAGAUGGGUGCUAACGAAUGCGGAGUUGUCAUUGGCAAUGUACCAGUGUUGACUAAUAAUUGCGAAGGUGACCAUGAUCCACAAGUUCAAAGACUGCUUGGGACUGAUUUGGUCAGAUUAGGUUUAGAAAGAAGCUCAUCCGCAUCAGAAGCUGUGGAUGUGAUUACACAGCUUUUGGAUCAAUAUGGUCAAGGAGGGUCUUGUUUUAAGGACACAAAUUUCUGCGCUCAUAAUUCAUUUUUAAUUGCCGAUUCUAAAUGUGCUUGGGUUUUGGAAACUAUUGGAAAACAUUGGGCUGCAGAACAAGUUACUAAAGGCUACAGGAAUAUAUCAAAUGUUUUAACAAUCACGACCAACAUAGAUAAGAAAUCGGAAGAACUUUUAGAAUACGCAAAGGCUAGUGGAUUCUGGGAUGGAAAUGGGGACUUCAAUUUUUCCGAAGCAUUCAAUAAGAAAGGCGCAUCAAGCGAAUGUUACGAAGCCGGCAAGAAACUCCUAGAAAAUGUCACAGCUUCUAAUAAUUUUAAGGAAACCGACAUGUUUAAAAUUUUACGCGACGAUCAGUCAGAAAUAUGUAAACCAUACGAUGCCAAGUUUCCUACGCAGUGUAGCCAGGUAUCCGUUUUGAGUUCGGAUAGGCCUAGUGUACAUUGGUUUACUGGUACACCACACGCUGUAAAAUCAGUCUUUAAACCGUUUGUAUUCACAAAGAAUCCCACGAUUUCGAAACAUACCCAGUGUCUGUCAGAAAAUGAACCACACACGUUACAUUCUCUGCAUUCCGAAGCUAUAAGAAAAGGAAGCCAAGUGCAAAAUUUACUGCGAAAAAUGGAAGAAGAGUGCGUAGAGGAAUUGAACACUAUAAUCAAUAGUUUGGGGGAAGAUUUAUCCGAACUUGAUGAGCUAUUUAAGGAUUGCGUGGAGACGGAGGUAAAAUUUUAUCGUUGAGGGAGUUAUUAUACAUUAAGUCUGCAAACACAUGACGUCUAUAUUGUGCACAACGAUUGAAUAAUUUAACGAUCUUCUUUGGCGAGUGCGAUUUUUAUGUGAUUUGCUUAAACUGCUUUGAAUUAAACUUGUAUGUGAUGUAUGUUA